ACCGAGUCCGGGCGCCGAAGCUAUGGGCAGCAGGGAGGUGCUGGGUCAGGCUGCCCGCCUGGCCUCCUCCGGUCUGCUCCUGCAGGUGUUGUUUCGCGUGAUCACCUUUGUCUUGAAUGCGUUUGUCCUUCGCUUCCUGUCAAAGGAAAUCGUUGGCAUAGUGAACGUAAGGCUAACACUGCUUUACUCGACCACCAUCUUCCUGGCCAGAGAGGCCUUCCGUAGAGCAUGUCUGAGCGGGGGCCCCCAGCGAGACUGGGGCCAAACCUUUAACCUCUUGUGGCUAACUGUUCCCCUGGGUGUGUUUUGGUCCUUGUUCCUGGGCUGGGUGUGGUUACGGUUGCUUGAAGUGCCCGAUCCUAAUGUCGUCUCCCACUAUGGAACUGGAGUGGUGGUGUUUGGCCUUUCGGCUGUGGUAGAGCUUCUGGGAGAGCCCUUCUGGGUCUUGGCACAAGCACAGAUGUUUGUCAGACUCAAGGUGAUUGCUGAGAGCCUGUCCGUCAUCCUCAAGAGUGUCCUGACAGCUUUUCUCGUGCUAUGGUUGCCUCACUGGGGGCUGUACAUUUUCUCUUUGGCCCAGCUUUUAUAUACUACGGUUCUGGUGCUCUGCUAUGUUAUUUAUUUCACAAAGUUAUUGGGCUCUGCAGAAUCAAACAAGCAACAGAGUCUUCCCAUCUUCAGAAUGACAGAUCUGUUACCCAGUGUUACAAGAAGUAGAGCUUUUGUAAAUUGGAAUGAGGCUAAAUUGACUUGGAGUUUUUUCAAACAGUCUUUCUUGAAGCAGAUUUUGACAGAAGGCGAGCGAUACGUAAUGACGUUUUUGAACGUGUUAAAUUUUGGUGAUCAGGGUGUAUAUGACAUAGUGAAUAAUCUUGGCUCUCUAGUGGCCAGGUUAAUUUUCCAGCCAAUAGAGGAGAGUUUUUACAUCUUCUUUGCUAAGGUGCUGGAGAGAGGAAAGGAUGCCACACUUCAGAAGCAGGAGGAUGUUGCUGUGGCCGCCACGGUUUUGGAGUCGCUGCUCAAGCUGGCCCUGCUGACCGGCCUGACCAUCACCAUUUUUGGCUUUGCCUAUUCUCAGCUGGCUUUGGAUAUCUAUGGAGGGGCCAUGCUUAGCUCUGGAUCAGGUCCUAUUUUGCUGCGUUCCUACUGUCUCUAUGUCCUCCUGCUUGCCAUCAACGGAGUGACCGAGUGUUUCACAUUUGCUGCCAUGAGCAAAGAGGAGGUCGACAGGUACAAUUUCACAAUGCUGGCCCUCUCGUCUUCAUUCCUGGGGUUAUCCUACCUCCUGACCCGAUGGUGCGGCAGCGUGGGCUUCAUCUUGGCCAACUGCUUUAACAUGGGCGUUCGCAUCACACAGAGCCUUUGGUUCAUCCACCGCUACUAUGGAAGGAGCCCCCAUAGGCCUCUGGCGGGCCUGUACCUGUCACCCGCCCUCCUCGGGGCAUUUGCCCUCAGCGGUGGGAUUACCAGUGUUUCUGAGGUGUUCCUCUGCUGUGAGCAGGGCUGGCCAGCCAGGCUGGCACACAUUGCUGUGGGGGCCUUCUGUCUGGGAGUGACACUUGGGACGGCGUUCCUCACAGAGACCAAGCUGAUAAACUUCGUGAGGACUCAGUUCAGUGGGUCCAGACUGGCCGACAAAACCUCGUGACCUCAGAGGCAUGGACACCUGUGGCACCUGGAUCAGCUGUGGGGCGGUUUUGUGGGCAGAAUGCAUUAGCCGUGCAGGAGAGCCCUGCUGCGGGGUCUGCAGUGGGGGAGGACUGACCGCAGCGGGGGAGAACCGACCCCGGUGGGCAAGACGUCGGAGAGAAGCCCCAGCCUGAAUGCCAUCCGUUUGAAGCCUCAAACAGGAAGGAGGAGUUCCAGUUCUAAGAAGUUCUAAGGAGUUCCAGUUCUGGUCUAAGAAGACCAGAGACUCUUUAAAAAUAGAUACAUUAUUUUUGUCACCA